AUGUGGCCUCUCAAAGUUAAGACUGCUUAUGAACGCCUUCAAGGAAGCGAGGUUUCUUCAGCCUCAAACUCGUUCACUGAUGGCGAUGCUGAGAAAUUAGACGGGCCUCAUCCGUCCAAUCCUCACCCUCGCAGCAUGUUCCAGUACUUCUACGACGCACUCCGUACAUCAAUCGGUUUAUUUUGCCUCUGGAUAGUUCUAGUGACAGCAUGGAGAACCACUUUUCACUCUACUCCUCGUGUUAUUAGAUAUGAGAAACAAACGCUAGAGUGCGGAAACACCACAGAAGAAGCGGAAGCGCGCGGCUGUGCAUUUGACUUGCUUUCACACAACUGGGUAGCAAAGCAAUGCAUGGAUUCCCUGACAGAAUCGGAGUACCGCGAAUACGUCAGCAGCCAUGAUCGCAAAAUGGGACCCUAUCCUUACUUUCUCGACCCCGAGGGAAAGAAUCGCAUCGUUGGCGAACGUGCCUUUGCACUUCUUGCCAACGGCCCAACUCUCGCUGACCAGCACGUCUAUACUACUCGAGAAGAACACCUGGCACAUUGCAAAUAUCUCCUUCGGCGUACUCAUCGAGCUGCCGAGGGUAAAGUGCAGCUCAAUGACGAGAAUAAGCAGUUUUGGCAUGCAGCGCACUGCUUGGAAGAGCUUAGCAAUCCAAAUAAGAAGCCAAUGGACGAGUUGAAUGAGGGCUUUUAUGUUGGGUUUGCACCUUGUACCAUUGACGUACCAGUAUAA